AUGAAGUCGAUCACUCUCCCCAUCCUCCUCACCCUCACCAGCCUCGCUGCCGCCCGCACCGAUCUCGAUGGUUGCACCAAAUCUGCCACCGUCAACCAAUGGGGCGAAGCCAGCAUGAUCUGGUACGUGCCCGACACCGGCGAGAUCUGCGAUUUCCCAGACUGUGGCGGCGGUCGCGCUCCCCCCAAGCUCAACCAGCCCGGGUGCGCCGCCUACACCGGCACCGAGACCCUGACCCCCAGCUACCUCCCCGGCUGGGGUCCCAACGGCAAGUACUCUGAUUACUGCGGCACCUACCUGUCCACUCAGGUUUCGUCUUCUGCUGCUGGUUCUUCUUCUCGCGCGGGUGGUUCGUCUCGCCCCGCCUCUUCUGCCGCUGGUUCAUCUUCUCGUGCAGGUGGUUCGUCGAGCUCUGCCUCUUCUGGUGCGGGUGGCUCUUCGAGCACGGCGUCGUCGGUUGCUGUUAAGCCGACUGGCAAUGCGGCGAGCAUGCCGGGUUUGAAUGCGGGUGUUCUGGCUGUUGCGGGUGUUUUGGCAGGUAUCGUUGCCUUGUAG